AUGACAGACACGACAAAAGAGACGCCGGUGGGCGAUGAUAAGGUGAAUGAGCCUACCGUCGCAGACGAAAACCCUCUCGAGGAGUCCGUCAGUCGCAUGGAGAACUAUCCCACUGGCAUCAGACUUGCAUUGAUUUUGAGCUCAAUCUACUUCAGUAUCUUUCUUGUCGCCCUUGAUCGAACCAUCAUUGCGACAGCCCUUCCCAAGAUCACAGAUAAGUUUCAGAGCUUCAGCGAUGUGGGCUGGUACAACGCCGCAUUUUUACUUCCGGCGACAGCUCUCCAGCUACUCUUCGGCCGGAUCUACACCUUCUACCCACCCAAAUGGAUCUUUAUUGGCGAAGUCGUCGUCUUCGAGAUCGGCUCCGCGGUAUGUGGUGCCGCUCCAAACUCGGUGGCUUUUAUCUGGGGUCGCGCCAUUGCUGGAUUGGGGGCAGCCGGGCUGUUCAACGGGGCAAUGAUCAUGUUGAUGUACUGCUCGCCUCUCGAGAAGAGACCUAUCUACAUGGGUCUGAUGGGGGCGGUUUUCGGAGUGGCAUCGGUGGCAGGUCCUUUACUUGGAGGAGUCUUCACCACGAAUGUAUCAUGGAGAUGGUGCUUCUACAUCAAUCUCCCCAUUGGUGCUUUAGUGCUGGCCUUCCUAUUCAGGUUUGUUGAAAAUGUCCCACCUGCCCUCGGUGAUCUGCCACUCAAGGAGAAGAUCUCCCGGAUCGAUAUUCCGGGGACUCUCGUAUUCAUCCCAUGCAUAGUGUGCUUGCUGUUGGCUCUGCAAUGGGGUGGUCAGAAAUAUCCAUGGUCCGACGGCCGUAUCAUCGCACUGCUGGUUCUAUUCGGAGUCCUCCUCAUCGUUUUUGUUAUCAUCCAGCACAUUCGACAGGAAUCGGCCACUCUACCGCCUCGAAUUGCGAAACAGCGCUCAAUCAUUGGUGCCAGCUGGUAUGCCUUCUUUCUCGGGUCGUCCUUCUUCAUUGUGGUUUACUACAUUUCGAUCUGGUUUCAGGCCAUCAAAGGCGCAUCAGCUAUCAGAUCCGGCAUUUCGACUUUACCAUUCAUUCUUGGUCUUGUCGUCGCCACCAUUGGUUCGGGGAUUGCUAUCAGCAAGCUCGGAUACUACAACCCUGCACUUAUUGCCGGUGGGAUCUUGACACCCAUUGGUGCUGGCCUGCUCACACUUUUCAAAGUUGAUACAGGACACCCCAUGUGGAUCGGUGUUCAAGUUCUAUUUGGAUUCGGUGUAGGAGUUGGGCUACAACAAACAAAUGUUGCUGCUCAGACGGUACUUGACAAGAAGGACGCGCCUACAGGGGUGUCAUUUGUCUUCUUCUGCCAGGGAAUGGGAGGCGCCAUUUCUGUGGCAAUCGCGCAGAACGUCCUUGACAACAAACUCAUCUCCGGGCUCAGUGGGAUUGGCAAUAUCAGUCCACAUGAGGUCGCUAACACCGGAGCCACGGACUUGAGAAACGUCUUCACUGCGGAACAAUUACCCGAAGUGCUGCGAAUCUACAAUCAGGCCUUGGUCACCGUCUUCUACGUUGCAGUUGGCUACGCGUGUGCAGCUCUGUUUGGAGCACUGAUUAUGGAGUGGAAGACCAUCAAAAAGCCCCAGAACCAGGUGAAGAAAGUUGUAAAGGAGGAUGUCGAAGCAAUUGUUCCUGCUGCCAGUGAAUCAAGCAUACAGGAGGAUAAGGAGAAAGUGGUAUAG